AUGUUGGCCUCUCGUCUCAUAAUAAGAUCUAGCGUCAGAACAUUCAGCACAACAGGAGCAUCCCAGGCGGAGUUUGGCUCAUGGUUGAAAUUUUUGAACCCAACUGCAAGAAAAGAAAAAGCUCAGCUAAAAGAGAAGCUCAGUAACAUCGACGCCAAAAAUGAAGAAGCCGAUGCCAUUUUGAACUCUGAUUCAAAGGUUACCGGCGCCACUAAUCCUAGCAACUUGGAAAUCAUUGGGUUGCCACAGCAGCUUACAAAGGAAGAAUUUCAACGUAGAUUGGGUAAUUUCAAAGUUAAUACCUGGUUGAAUACUAAGAAGAUCACGACUGUCGAGCAAUUAGACGAAAUAUUGUUAUCCAGUUGGAAAGAAAUCGAUGCCUCUACCAAAAUAACUAAUAUCGAAGAGCUUGUCAAGACAGAAUUGUACGAUUUGAACGUUAGAUUCCAAUAUUUCAAGAAGGUACAACAGCAAUCAGGGUACUCAGUUUCUGACUUAGUUUUGACAGAAUCUUCCACUAUCAAGAUUUUGAGAAGCCACUUUGUUCAUAAUGUUCUUUCCAGGGAAGCUAUGAGCUACAAUGAAAAAUUGCCAAAUGCCCUUCACUUGGAUGAAAAUUCUUUCAAAGAUUUACCAAAUGUUGUCAUUGACAAAGAAAUUAAACGGAAGGACAUCAAGAAAAAAUUCAAUAAAUUGUUAAAACAAGUUGAAGAACAUAAUAGCAACAAGAUUGAACUGGCUCUUAACUCAUAG